AUGACAAGCCAAAAAGGACGGUCACUGAUUUACGAUUCAGAUGGAUUCGAAUAUCGAAAGGACAAAGCACUUAAAUGCGGUGUACUUUUGAGUUAUAGGUGUUCAAAGGCGAAAUGCUAUGGCCGAGCCUAUCAAAACAAAGCAACCGGCAUUCUUACGGUCACGAAAAAUCACGACCACUUGCCACCAGAAAGCCAAAAAACAGAUUCGAAUUGUGUUCGAAGAUGU